UCAAGGGUAGUACAUGUUGUGGCACUACUGCGCAACCCUCCAAGUCCAGUUCAAAUUUAUCAUGCAAAUAUUUCCAUUAAAUAAGGCAACGUCUAAUUUGCGCUCAAAUUUAUAAUUUUUAUUCUAUUCUCCAUUAAUCUGUACUUCGGUGCAAAGAAUGAUCGAUUCGGAGAUGAGUAUUAUAAUAAUAUUAAUACCCUUAAUACCCAAAAAUAAAAGUUCAACUGACGAUAUAUUGAUAAUAACGAUGAGCUUUAUAAUCCCCACCACUAAUAUGCAUCACUAAUUUCUAAUCAUGUCAUAAUUUCAGCCGUACAAUUCCCCACCAAUGUUGAUUAGACCGAGUCAGAGGAGCAUUUGGGAGUAGGACCACCACUCCGGCAUAAUAGCAUUGCAUUCAACUCCACCACAGUGGCACGUGCACCGCAAAUCACCACCGUCAAAAAACAUAUCAUCAUCCCAUGAUGAAUGCCAUAUCCACCGUUCAUGACGUCCCAAUUCAAAGUAUAAAUACCAACAGAAAUGUUGGGUAAUAACAGAAUAUUUCUGGAUAAAACGGUUGAGACAGAAAGAGAAAGAAAAAGGUUCAACAAUGGUGACUAAGGAAAGGCCAGUUAUGGUGAUGGGCCUAUACGACAGCAAGCUUAGCUUCUACGCCUUAGAGUGGACUUUGGACCGUUAUUUUGUUGGUUUCGGCCCAAAUCAUCCUUUCAAGCUCGUCGUUGUUCACGCCAGGCCCACUCCAGCCUCCGUCGUCGGUGUUGGAGGGCCCGGUUCUGGAAAUUUGAUGACAAUAAUAGAGUCAGAAUUCAAGAGAAAAGCUUUAAGAAGUGUUGAUCAAAUUAAACAGAUGUGUCUAAAUAAAUCAAUAGAAGAUGUAAAGAUAGAAAUAGUCGAAGGUAAUCCGAAAAAGGUGAUAUGUGAGGCUGUAGACCGACAUCAUGCAUCUAUUUUGGUUGUGGGAAGUCCUGAUUAUGGUAUAGUAAAGAGGGCUGUUCUUGGAAGCGUAAGCGACUAUUGCGCCCACCAUGCUCAUUGCUCUGUCAUGAUUGUGAAAAGGCCAUCCAAGACAAGAAUUGACAUCGCACAAUUUCGUUAGCUAGUUCACUUUAAAAUUUAUAUUAAAUUAUAUAGGUUAUAUUACCCAUCAUCUCUUAUUUUCCUAAUCUUCGUUUAAUUUGAUUUGUAUUCUUAUUGGAUGAAAUUCUUUGUAAUAACU